AUGUUGGAUGCACAGACAGCAGAUUCCCUCAUGGUAAACCUCAUGGAUUAUGCGGAUGUAGGGGAAUCCUAUUCAUUGUUGGAGGAUGAUGACAUUGUUGCUGCUGUUGUUGCUGCUGUUGUUGCUGCUGUUGUUGCUGCUGUUGUUGCUGCUGCAGGUAUUGGUGCAAAAGCAUAUGAUUUACAGGUGCAGCACGUGGUAUUAUUAGCAGCAGCAAAAGGAUUUUGUGUAUUUUUUCUUUCUUGUCUUCGUGGUAUAGAGGCACCAAUAACUAAUUUACCUACAGAUCUAACAACUAGUGCGGAUGUACAGGCAGCAUUAACAUUUAUAUUACAUCAGCAUGUAAAUGGAUUCAAGCGGACACAGCAGCAGCAGCAGCAGCAGCAACAGCAACAGCAGCAGCAGCAGCAGCAGCAGCAGCAGCAGCAGCAGCAAGAUUCCAUUUCAUCCCAUCAAGAAGAAAAUACAACCAACGACAAAUCCACUCCCCACCCCGACCCCCACCAGCCCCACCCCCAGCAGCAGCAGCAGCAACAGCAGCAGCAGCAGCAACAGCAGCAGCAGCAGGAGGAAGAGGAGAAGGAGUAUGAAUACGAUUCAGUAUUAACAAUGGAUGAAGUAGAUGAUGAAUUUUGUCGUAUGAUCAUGGAGGGAAGAGAAGAAAUAUUCUUAAGAAAUAUUUUUAUUAAUUUUCUUCCUCCUCUUUUCUUAUUAGGUUACUCAAUGGGCUCUUGUGCUAUAUUAAGAUUAUUAGGUUCAUUAGGUAUGCAACAAGCUAUGCAGCAACUGCAGCAGCAACAGCAGCAGCAACAGCAGCAACAGCAGCAGCAGCAGCAGCAGAAGUGCAGCAAUAAUAAUUGUAAUAAUAAAGAUGAUAGUAGACGGACAACUAUACCAGAAACACCAAGAAGUAACAGCAGCAACAACAGUAACUGCUGCAGCGCAUGCAACAACAGCAACAACAACAACAACAACAACAACAGCAGCAGCAGCAGCAGCAGCAGCAGCAGUAGUAAUAGUAGUAGUAGUAGAUAUCCAGCAGAACCUUCUCCUUUUUGUCAAGAUUUAGCUGCUGCAGUAGCUAGCGAAUAUCUUCCUUCCUUAGAGUGGCUAAGAUUUAUUAAGGGAGCUGUAACUAUAUCUAAUGCUAUGUGUCUUGACAGGUUAGUACCUAGCUAG